CGGAGCAUGCGCGGGGCCGGGCCAGUUCCGCCACCGCCCCCGCUCCCUUCCUAGCGGCACUGCCGGGAUCCAGGGGAGCCGCUCCCGCCGCCCCUCUCCGUACUACGGGCCCCGACGGACGGCAGCCAACAAGCCCCUGGGCCGGAGUGUGCCCUUUGCCCUGUAGGACUUCAUCAAAAUGUCUCUCUAUCCUUCCCUAGAAGAUCUGAAGGUGGACAAAGUUAUUCAGGCUCAGACUGCCUUUUCUUCAAAUCCAGCUAAUCCAGCAAUCUUGUCUGAAGCUUCUGCUCCAGUUCCUUGUGAUGGAGGCUUGUACCCCAGGUUGUAUCCAGAACUUUCUCAGUAUAUGGGCCUGAGCCUCAAUGAGGAAGAGGUGCAGAGAAACUUGGCAGUGACGGGAGCUGCUCAGCCACAGGGUCAACUGGUAACACGACCUUCUACUAAUUACAUGGUAGCUCCAGUAACUGGAAACGAUAUUGGAAUUCGCAGAGCGGAAAUUAAGCAAGGCAUCCGUGAAGCAAUUCUGUGUAAAGAUCAAGAUGGCAGAAUUGGACUUCGCCUUAAGGCUGUUGAUAAUGGUAUAUUUGUCCAGUUAGUUCAGGCAAACUCUCCAGCAUCCCUUGCUGGUCUGCGGUUUGGGGACCAAGUUCUGCAGAUCAAUGGUGAAAACUGUGCAGGAUGGAGUUCUGAUAAAGCACAUAAAGUUCUGAAACAGGCUUCUCCAGAAAGGAUUUCAAUGAUCAUUCGGGACAGACCAUUUGAACGAAUCAUUACCAUGCAUAAGGACAGCACAGGACAUGUUGGUUUCAUAUUCAAGAAUGGAAAAAUAACCUCAAUAGUGAAAGACAGUUCUGCUGCAAGAAAUGGACUUCUGACAGAGCACAACAUCUGUGAAAUUAAUGGCCAGAAUGUAAUUGGGUUGAAGGACUCGCAGGUUGCAGACAUCUUGGCAACAGCUGGAAACGUAGUGACCAUCACUGUCAUGCCUUCCAGUAUUUAUGACUAUAUAAUAAAGAGGAUGGCAACUAGCAUCAUGAAGAGCCUGAUGGAUCACUCUGUUCCUGAAGUCUAAACUUGCACCAUGGAUAUGUGUGUGUACAUAUACAUAAUGAUGAUUCCACUAAACUUGGGCUAUUAUACUCAGUGAUCUCUUUCUUCUGCACAUGAGCCUUUCUGGAGGCUGAGAGAAGAUAUGCUGCAUCAAGCAUUUGCAUCUAUAAUGGCUGGGAAUGUCACCGUUCAACAUAUCUUGUGUAUUCACACACUGUAAAACUUGCAGCCUUACAUGCUUGACAAUGUGAAAUUCCAAUUGUGUUAUGACUUCUUUUUGUAGGUCUUUUAUUUAGCUUACUACUACUAUAAGCCAUUGCAACUAAAGGAACCAGGUAUCACUUGCAAAGCUACAUGUUGUUACCCAGGACAAUGCUGUGCUUUGUAUGUCUAAGACAAAUGAGUAUUUUUACUGCUAUUUGUUUGCAAGAGUAGAUUUGAAAUAGCAUAUUAGUAGUAAGGCUAGUACUAGUUAAUUUUUUGUUCUAGUAAAUACUGUUUACACAAAAAUGCCACCUAGCUGAAUACAGCUCAAGGCAUCAGUCAGUAAGUAAGCAUUAAUUAAAGUAGUGUACAGAUAUUCAAAUCUUUUUAUUACUUGUUAUAUGAAUUGUAACUAAUAUGCUUCUCUCUCGCCUUAACCAUGUUCUUUUAAGGAUUUAGACAUAACCAAAUAAAUGACCAAAACUUUA